AUGGCCGACCCGGCCUACUAUUGCCAUCAAUGCCAGCGGCAAGUGCGAUCACAAGGCUCGGACUUGAAAUGUGCCGACUGCGGCGGUGAAUUCAUCGAAGAGCUGACGAACAACCCAUACUUCCAAGUGGUCCGGCACGCAGCGCCCCAUGGUCACGCUCAUGCUCAUGCUCACUUGCCGCAUGCUCAUGCCCAUGCUCACGGCCACUCCCACAUGAUCUUUCCUGGACCGCCCCAGGCGGCUACCGCACGCCCGCCCGGCGCGUCUGCUUCACCGGGAUUUACGUUCCAUGUUCGACAACAUCCGGCCCCUGCCGGCAAUGCUUCGUCAACGGCACCGCCCGAUGCAACAGCGCCACCACAACCCGGGCCGGCUGCACCGGCGCAAGAGAACUCGUUAAUGGGACUGAUUGGACAGCAACAGCAGGCGAACAUUCCUCAAGCCCACCGCCCUCCGAAUCAGCACACCUACCAGAUCCCCGGCAAUCGACGCGUCAUUUUUGCGGGCGGUCAGCCUCCGGAAAAUAUGCUCGCGAACAUCCUUGGUGGACUCGGUGGAGCGGAAAACGUCACGCUGCACCUCAACAUUCAGGCCCAGCCGGGUGCUGGCGGAUCGGGUAUGUUCGCUGGUAACAUGGACUUGGCACAAGGCAUCGACCUCGACCACAUCGUCACGACGUUGCUGAAUGGCUUCGACGGCCCGCCGCCGGCUGAAGGCCUAACUGCCGCUGAAAUUGAACGGAUCCCCAGGGCGACGGUUACCCAGGCACAAGUCGACAACGAGACGCAAUGCACGACCUGCAUGGACACCUUCCGAUUAGAUGAACCGGUCCUUCAGCUGAACUGCAACCACAUCUUCCACCGCGACUGCCUGGUGCCCUGGUUUGAGCGCCACCGGACGUGCCCAAUUUGUCGUCAGGAAGUUGAUUCGACUACUUGGCGCCCUCCUCCACCGCCGGCCGCCAUGGACGACUACAUGGACCUUGAU